UUUCCCUGGUUUUUUUACUAGGUGUUGACUCCAUCGCCGGAUUUUCCGGUGGUGAAAAAUCCGGAAUACAAUUAAUAGUGGUGAUGGUUGCUAUCACGGUGUUGUAGAAUUUGUUUGGUGAUUUCUGGGUUUUUGUUCUGAGACUCUCAAAGCUGGUAAUAACACUUUUCGUUCUCACUGCAGGAGGCGGGGCUUAUUCUUGCUAUAGAUAUUGAUCUGGACCAAUGACCAUCGCCCAAAAUUCAUAUUCAACGGAAGAAAGAGAAUGGCUGAGCAUGCUUAUGUGUCUAAUAGAGCCAAUGAGGAGAGGAAAAAACGUCCUUCAUAUAGACCUAUAAUUGAGCAUGAUGUACUUCCUAAGAAACAAUCAUCUAACCAGGAACAAGUAAGAAUAAGACGAAAGAGGAUUUAUUGGCUGAAGAAAGAGAUUACAAAUGCUGAAGAAUGUCAUAUUGUGGGAAAAAAGUUGAAAAGAACAACUUUAAAGGUUAUGAGGGAUAUAAUAGAGGAACACAUGGAUGAAAUUAAGCAAGCAGGUGGAAUCAGUUGUUUUGUGAAGGGAGAUGAAGAGGUAGGGAUGGAUGCUUUCAUCAAGACCCCUUGCACAGGAUCUUAAUAUGAAUUGUAGGAAAAACAAUAACAAUUUAUUUGAAGCAACUAGAGGUAGCCCAAACCAUUACAGGAAACAAUCUCACUAUGGUCGUGAUAUCAAAUCUACAAUAUUUGAGGAUGCUUUGACUAGAGAUCAUGUGCUAAUGAAGCAGGGCCUUCAUGGGCAUCGUGAUAAGCAUGUUGUAGAGGAUCAUUCUAGAAGCAUAGAAAGGCGCAGAAUUGAUGACCUGUCCCAUGAGAGCAACCAUAGAAGAGAGUGAGAAGAUGUGAAGUUGACUAGAACCAAACGUCAAGAGAUCAAAACAUCUAGCAGGUCCAAUUAUCACAAUUAUAGAUCAUCUUAUUCAUCAAGUUCUCAUUGAAGAAAAAUAUAAGUCUAUGAUAAUGCACAAUCUGUGGUAGAAAAUGCUUUCGAAGAUAGAUACGAGCCUU